AUGGGGAUCCUCAUUUUUUGGCAACCUUUCGUGUUGCUACCAUUUUGGGGUAAAGACGCAGAACCACACGGGCCCGCAUCACCACCAGCAGCAUCCUCAUCCUCCCCGUAUUUCCUCGGUGAAAAUACGACUGCACACGCGGUGACCACGGCAACGCGAGUGAAGAUAUCGACAGACGACGAGUUUGACCGUGAGGCGCUUCAUCUCGUGAAGAUGAACCUGCAACAGCAGGAAAAAAUGCCACCUGAGGCAGGGAAACAUGUGCCAUGCGGCGGAAUUCUGCGCUGCGCACUCCUCUCCUCCUUAACUCUGAAGGCGUGUUUGACCAUAUUCCGUGAAGUCUACGACGAGGUAACCGAACAGGAAGGUGGCGCACCUGUCACUCUGAUGUUUUUAUCGAGUGCGAAGUGCUGGAAAAAAACCACCACAAACAGUAAGGCGAGAGACUUUUUGGAGGGAUCAAACCGUAGCAUUAUGGACCGGCUUUCUUCCCAAAUUAGUCGCAUGCGAAAAAAAGCCGAGGCGAGUGGGUUGAGGUUUCCGUCGUCACAAACACUUUACGCGGGGGUGCUAAAAGCUGACGCUCGGCGGAGCGCAAAUGUAUCCUCCAACUUUCCCAGCGGACUCAGCCAUAUGUUUGGUAGUGUAUUCAGUGAUGUGCAGGUGCUGAGCGUACGGUAUCUCCCGCAGAGCAGCUUAGUGAGUUUCUCUGCCUUGGAGGAGAGUGUGGCUGCGGUGGUGGGUGCGGCCACCACAACUUACGUUUUAAUGAGCCCGUCGUCGUCACCGCUGCGUGCGUUAGCCUCGACGGAGGCGCUCCGCAAGGUCGCAACGAAGCAAGGCUGUGCAUUUAUCCACUUGAGGUCAGACAUCGUCUAUGAGUGGAAUGAUGGAUCUCCACUGGGUGCCUUGGUGGUUCGCAUACGCUGCCCCAAGCGCCUGUUCACCGGUGAGGGCAAGACGCUGCACGAAUUCCCGCCUGGGUAUCGCAUGGACACUAAGGAGGGGGUCACCCCACCACUUCUAUGUGAGCAUCUCCCACAGCGAAUCCGUCUCUCCCGUGCAAUUAAGUAUGGAAGCAAGACCGCAAUCUUUCAUGGGCAAUGGCGAGAGCAAAAUGUGAUUGUGAAGUUAUUUCACCCGUAUCAAUACUUUAGUUUUCGGGGUUUUCAUGACUUUGUGCACGAACGGCGGGGCGGAGUCCACUGA